AAUCUAAUCCAAUGAACUAUUUCAUUGAUAACUUGACCACGUUAAUAGGAAUAACUUGGGAGCAAGAAAAAAUAAAAACUUGGAGGAAUAACAUGCUUAUGAAACUCCUCCAUCAUUCAAAUUUAGCUCCUUCGAAGCAUAGAAUGGGUGCAUUAUAUGAUACAUUUACCAAGACUAGUAUUUUAGGGCCAGAACAUAUAUUGGCUCUAGCAUGA